UUAAUAUGUCUUCUUUAUUAUUAUUGUUAGUACUUGUCAUGUUUUUCACUCUGGCAUCAUGCCAAGAUGAUAAUUUUGAAGGUGAACGUUGUAAUGACGUUAUUUUGUAUGAUAUUAUAAAAAAGGCCUCCAAAAAGACUGACGAUCCGGUAAUAAUACGAAGAACUUCAAUGGACACAAUGCAAAAUGUGUUUCCUUUGGCAAGAAGUAUGGGAUGUAUUUGUACCGAUCGAAACUUCCAAUUUCCUGAUUUCACAAAUCACAGAUACUGUUCUGUUAGAGUUUCAAAUUUCAGGUGUCAUGCAAUUGUCUUUUAGCUACUAAAUUUACAUUUAAUCUUUGAUUUUGAUGUAUUUUAUCAUUGUUUCCGUACAUGUGAUAUCAUUAUGACCUACAAACCUAUAUAUUUAUUCGUUUCUGUUUCUCGUCAUUCACACCAAUUUUGACUUAUACCACGCACCUUUAAGAUGAAAAUUUUGCGAAUUUU